AUGGGCUCUGCUGGGAAGGCUUGUCCUGACACCAUGACAGCUGACGAGUCAGAAGCUGGAGAGUUAGCUCUGGAGCCCCUGCUCACUUGCAAGCUAUGUCUCUGUGAAUAUUCCCUAGAUAAAAUGACCACUCUUCAGGAAUGCAGCUGCAUCUUUUGUACACCGUGCCUAAGACAGUACCUGCAGCUGGCAAUUCAAGAAGGCUGUGGUUCUCCCAUCACGUGUCCAGACAUGGUAUGCUUGAAGAAUGGGACCCUACAAGAAGCAGAGAUUGCCUGUUUGGUGUCUGUUGACCAGUUUCAGUUAUACAAGAGGCUGAAAUUUGAACGAGAGGUCCACUUGGACCCCCUCAGAACGUGGUGCCCUGCAGCCGACUGCCAAACAGUGUGCCUUGUGGCCGCGAGCGAGUCAGGAGCACCGGUGCCGGUGGAGUGCCCAGCUUGCUACCUGACCUUCUGCUCCUUCUGCAAGGAUGCAUGGCACCCACAGCACCCGUGCCAGGACAACCAAAUCACUUCAGUACCAACUGAGCAGGGAUCACUUAUUGGAAUGGAGGCACCAAUUAAGCAGUGCCCAGUUUGUCGGAUCUAUAUUGAGCGAAACGAGGGCUGUGCUCAGAUGAUGUGCAAGAACUGCAAGCACACGUUCUGCUGGUACUGUCUACAGAACUUGGACAACGAUAUCUUCUUAAGACAUUAUGACAGAGGCCCUUGCAGAAACAAGCUGGGCCACUCGAGGGCUUCAGUGAUGUGGAACAGAACACAGGUUGUGGGGAUCCUCGUUGGACUAGGUAUCAUAGCAUUAGUCACCUCUCCACUGCUGCUCGUGGCAUCUCCAUGCAUCAUCUGCUGCAUUUGCAAAUCUUGCCGAAGCAAGAAGAAAAAACACAGCCCUCCAACAACUUAA